GCUAAAGAAGAAGAAGCUGGUUUCUCUGGUUGUAGUUGUCGUCCACAACCUCAGCAGCUCUGCAGCUGGAUCAUACAGUGGAGAGAACGACGGAAGGACAGUGGGAGCAGAGCGCCCAACACUGAGCAUACACACUGUCACUGGAUAUUGGGAGUACAGUCCGAGCUGAUCUGGGAUCAGACUGACAGGCAAGAUGAGUGACGCCGCUGUGGACACGAGCACGCUCUGCCUCUUCGACGUUGACGGCACGCUCACGGCCGCGAGACAGCGCGUGACUCCAGACAUGGCAGAGUUCCUCGAGAAGCUGAGGACUCAGGUUCGAGUCGGGGUGGUAGGAGGGUCAGACCUCUGCAAGAUCAAAGAGCAGCUGGGAGAUGAUGUGAUCCAGAAAGUGGACUAUGUGUUUGCUGAGAACGGUCUUGUAGCCUAUAAGAAUGGACAGCUGCUCUCUGUCCAGUCCAUCCAGGCCCACAUGGGAGAAGAGCUACUACAAGAUUUCAUCAACUUCUGUCUCAACUACAUGGCCAAGAUCAAACUGCCUAAGAAAAGGGGGACAUUCAUUGAAUUCCGUAACGGCAUGUUGAACGUGUCCCCUAUUGGUCGCAGCUGUACGCAGGAAGAGAGGAAAGAGUUCUACGAACUAGAUCAGAAAGAGAAAAUCCGAGAGAAGUUUGUGUCCAUAUUGAAGGAAGAGUUCAAAGGAAGAGGGCUGACAUUUUCAAUCGGAGGCCAGAUCAGCUUUGAUGUGUUUCCUGAUGGUUGGGAUAAGAGAUUCUGUCUGGGGAUCGUUGAGAAAGACAACUACUCAACCAUUCACUUCUUUGGAGACAAGACCAAGCCUGGAGGAAACGACUACGAGAUCUACUGUGACCCUCGGACCAUCGGCCAUGAAGUCUCCUGUCCAGAGGAAACGCGACAGCUAUGUCAGCAGCUUUUCCUCUCCUGAGAGAGAGAGACCAAUAUAAUGCAGACAGAACUGGUGUCAUGGUGUCUUUGAUAACGCAUGGAAGGAGAGCGAAGAGCCACUGACAAACAAGAGGAGGGAUUUCUGGGUAUUUUGGGUCAGGGUUUGAAUGAGGGCUGUCAUGGCUUUGAAUGUUAAAGUAAUGGUUUGAAAAGUGAUCAGUGAAGUUCUUUUAAAUGAGUUUCUGGCUCGUGCUCUCAGCAUUACCUCGUGGUAAACGGUGAGCCAUGGUCCUUCCCAACAUACACUUAGCAGACUAAUGCAUCAUCCACAUGUAAUUAAGACCAAUCAUGAUUUUGAUCAUGAAAACAAAACUCAACUGGAAAUCUGUUUGCUUGGAUCUAUCAUUCCAGGUACUGCACGUCAAUAUCAGCUGAUUCUGAAUCUGCUUUUACUGAACCACAACCACCAUGUGUCAGACGCACAAAUACAGAAGACUACAUGCCACAGUUAAAGCUGCAGUAGGUAACUUUUAUAAAAUAACUUUCUGUCAUAUUUUCUGAAACUUUCACUAUAUCCUGACAGUCAAAGCUGAGAAAGUUUGUUGCUUGUUGAGCCUUAUUCCUAGGUUGUCAAAAACCAAUGCUAGGAAUGAAACUCAAUAAUCAACAUCUUUAAGCCUCAAACCCGAAGCAUCUUUCUUAUCUUUCUCGGCUCUGAUUGGUUGUUUUUGUUCAGACCCAGUGGAUUCUUGCAAAUCCCAUCAGGAUCACUAGGAGGAGCCAGAGGAACCUGAUUGUUUCACAGAUUAUCUGUCUCAUGUUCUACUGUCAGGAUAUAGGGAAAGUUUCAGUGAAUAUGACAGAAAGUUAUUUUUAUAAAGGUUACCUACCGCAGCUUUAAUGUAACAAACAGGUUGUCAGAAGCAUCAAUACUAUUAUUCUUUAGCAAAAGAACAGAUCUACAUCAGAUUUUCAACCCAAGCCUGCACAAAUGAAGCAGAGGGAAGAAAAUCAACUUGUCCUCAACCUUAAUAAUAAUGUACUUACAAACUCACCUGUCACCUUUCUUUUUAAAAGGUGUCGUUUUUCUAUACUAGUAUUGUAUCGAAGAUUAAAAUGAUGGUAUCGUGUCAACUUUAUAACAAACUGAUCCAAGGGCUGCUCUCCUUUCCAGAGCUCAUUAGUCAGUCAGAUCACGUCUUUUUCUUUGGAUUUUAUGUUGAAGUCUUUGCAGGUUUUACUCGUCUUUGUUCAGCAGUGUUAACUAUCUCUAUCCAAACAAACUGGAGCCAUAAUACACAUCACUUCCUGCGUGCUGUCAGAUGUUCUAGAACAGUACAUACAAAAAUAGUCUCAUGAAUGGUGUUAUGGCAGUCAGUAGAGAGAGGCAAGAAGUACAAAUAUUAUGUAACACUUCCUGCAGAGUCCCAGCAGCAGGGACAGGACCAGUGUCUGAAAAGUGAAGCUCUGUACAGUCAUGUCCUGUUCUCAGUACAUGGCACUUGAAUGAAGUAUCAACUUGUGUGAAGAUUGUUCUGUAAAAGAUGUGAGCAAUAAAAGAAGGGAAUAAUUCUCA